GGCACCGCGAUCAAAACCACAUUGUUUUGUUUAUUUUUUUUUGGUGAAACUCGCGCGUGCAAAAUGGUUUUCCGUGGAAAAUGCGAAGUGUGCAGCGGCACCAAUUUCAAUGUAGAAGAUGGUUAUUACUAUUGCACAGAAUGCAAUACCCAGAAUCGCACGGUGAUGGAAAUGGAGUGCGAUGCCUUCGAUUUGACGAUGGGAGAUGAGAAAAUCAAAGUUCGAGGUGUCAAGCUCCAAGCCGAAAAGGAAGCAAAGGUUGAAUUAACUUCCUGGGAGGAAUACAACUAUAUCAUGCUGGGCCUGGUGAAUGAAGCACUCGCUUUGGGAGCUCCUCCUGAGCUGAAGAAGGUAGUUUUCCAGCUAUGGUCACGGUAUCUACAGAAAGUUAAUGCAGCAUUCUUCUCAAAGUCUGAAACUGCACUUCCAAAGUUGCCCACGAAUUUCUUCAAGAAAGAUGCCUGUCUCUUGUACAAUGUCAGCCGGAAACGACGCAGAAGUAGCUCAUCUGUCUCCACGAAGAGUUCUAAACCACCCGAAACGAGAAGAGCUCUCAAAAUUGCUAAGAGAAAGCUACACAAUGCCCUGAUGAAGGAGCAACUUGCUCUGAGUUCCAAGACUUCUCAAACUACUGACUCCAGCACUUCCAAUACCAACAGCACCGUAAGUGGCGGUACUGUGAUUCCUCUGGCAUUUACAUCGUUGGCCAGAAAAGCCCUGAAGAGGCGAAUGCCCAAGGGGCACAUCAAGAAGCAUGCUUACGAUCCUGAGCAUCUUUUAACUUGUCAUUCGAAGUCUCCUGGACGAAAUACACUCAAUGAGCGUCUGGAGAAAGUUUCUAAGAAUGUCCUGCUGUCGUUACUGUACAUUGGGCUGAAUCUGACGGGGAGUGAGAUUCAAUUGGGUGAUAUACUGAGAUUGGCUCGUGAGGGACAUAUUUCAGUUUUUCGUAUUGAUCAUUUCUUUCCGCCGAACAUUCUCAAGAAUCUGAAGAGAUCGAGCUUCAUCAAUUUCCAGGCUAAAUACAGUUUUCCUACGCAUUCGUACUUGAGGACUGUUACGGGGAAACUGUGCAAAGAGCUUGGGGUUAAGGAUCUCAAGAAGCCGGAUUUUGUGAGUCUGGUUAGGAGGUAUGUCCGGGAAUUUUGUCUUCCGGAAGAGAUGGGGAAGUAUUUGGGGCGAUUGAUCAAUUUUCAGCCGCCGGAGAUGAAUUUUAACUAUACGGGUAUGUGUCCGAAUUACGAAGCUCGUGCGAUUGCGUAUGUUAUCUUCAUGCUCAAGUGGCUUUUUGGGCUGGAUGAUACAAGUGAGGAGAAGAUGUCCGAAGCAUCUGGCCAGGUUAAUGCGAAAAUGAGGAAUUUUAGGCGUUUUAUGCCGGAUGUCUUUGAUUUUGUGGAAUGGAUGAAGUACAUUGAAAUGCGUUCGGUUGUUCUGGCGGAAUAUCACAUGCCCACGAGCAUUGCCACGAAGAUUGAGGGAAAUGCUGAGAAUACCCAGAAAUAUCUGGAAUAUCUGAAUUUCUGCAAAAGACCUGGACUGACUACACAGAGAUCCAUUGCAAAUAGCAUCUACAACAUUUUUGAAAAACUCUCCCUGCUGCACGGUGAAAGUGAUCAGAGUUCUGGGAGUAAGUCUUUUUCUUUUGCUCCCUCUCUGACUCCCUUUAGGACGUACUUUGACUUUCUGCUGAAUCAUCACGGGGAGAAUUUGGAAAUACCAAAAUUCAUGGAGAUUGAUCAUUCAAAGCGAACUAUUGAUCCAUUCUUCAGGCCAAAUCGCUUCCGGAAUUUAUUGAUCAAACAUGGGAUUAAUGUUUGUCUCCGGAAAUGUCCGGAAAGUCAGGAAAUGAUCACCGUGCAAAAGACAAGACCGACUAGUAAGACGGAAGAUCUCCUGGUAUCUGUGGAAAUUGUCUCUGCCGAUGAAGAUUGCGAUUAUGAGGAUUUUGGGAAUGAGCCGAAGGAAAUGCCCAAGAAGCCUGCAAGGCAAAUUCGGAAAAAAAUCCGGAAAAAGAUUCCUGAGGAAUCUGCUGAACCGGAGGAAGCAGAAAACCCAUCAGAAACUCUCCCGGAAGAAACUGUGGGACCAAAAAGCAAAGGAUUCAGAAAGUUCCGGAAACAGGUCCCAGAAGAAUCUGCAGAAACGCCAAAGGAAGUUGAGGAACCGUCUUUGAGCUCAGAAAUUCUCCAGGAGGACAAUGUGGAACAACAGAAAACCAAAGGAUUCAAAAAGUUCCGGAAACAGAUCCCAGAGGAAUCUGCAGAACCAUCAGAGGAAGCCAAGCAACCAUCUCUGACCUCAGAAGUGCUCCAAGAGGACAAUAUGGAUCCCGGAGAAGAGAUCUUAGAAGAACCAAGGCGCAAUCUUGACCAAAUAUUCCUCUUUGAUGACAUGAGCGAUUCAGAUGAUGAGAUUCGUCCAGGUCCCAGUGUAGCUGACCAGGAAAUGGAAUUCUUCAAACCUCAUUAUCAGUAUUGGCUUCAUUUUAUUCCCCAUAAACCGACUGAUUGGAAUAUCCGGAUGGAAACCUUUCAGGAACUUCUGGACAAACUUCCGAGCUCCUUCACAUGGCUCCUUCGUCAGUGUUCAGUUCUCACGGGAAUUGACCAGAGGACAAUCUACAUCGAACUACUGACCAUUGAGAAGCAAUUUACGUAUGUUCUGGAGUCUCCAGAUGAGAUGUUCAGUAUGGUGUCACAUCGUAGUAAAGAGGCAAAGAAACAAAAUGCCAGUGGCUGCAAACUCUUCUUGAAUUUCUGGUAAUCAGGAAGAGAUUUAACUUCGAGAUAAUUCCUAGUAAAUUGCUUUCCGGCUGAAAAUUGAGGACGCUGCUGAGAAAAAUGACUAACAGCCCGAUUUUUGGACACUGACUCCCAACUGACGUCACAGUGUCGCACAAAUUAAUGUGGAAAUUUCAGUGAGUUUUCAUCCCAAAAGGCGCACAAUUCCGACCAUCCAAUGCCGUUUUGAAGUACAAAAGAAAACAUUUGAAAGCCAAAAGGAGCAACAACAUUAAAUAAAAGUUUGAUUUUUUGCCCCAAAACAAAGAAAA